GCUCGUGGCUUUGUGUUGAGAUGGAACCCCAGCGUUCCGAAGCCUUCCCGGGGGCAGGGGCCCUGCUCCGGUGGGCGGCACUCCCCCCUCCCCCCAGGGGUCUGCUCGGCGGAGAGAUCUGUGAGAUGGCGAGCACUUUUUCAGCCAGUAACUUCAGGCACCCGGGAGUUUGAAGAUAUUCUAAAAGUUCUACACUCAUCUUACCUUGAGCCAGGAUCAGUGGCUAAUUUUAACUACAGACGAGCUAGUUUGGUUCAUAAUGAACUUUUGGAAAAGGAGUUCACAGAGAAACGGAGAGAACUGAGAUUCGAUGGUCGUUCAGAUAAAGAACUUGCAGAAUCCUAUGCAUUUCUGAUGGUUGAUCGGCCUCAGGUACAAGGCAUAUGUGAAAAAGGCUUACAGGUGGGCCAGUCCAAAAUAACCAUUCUUGGCAGCCCUUCCAUGGGUAUCUAUCUUUCCAGGUAUGCUGAUUUAUUACAAGCUAAUCCUUUGGAAGCUGGGGCAACGGGUGAUGUUAUUAUUUUUAAAAUAAUAAAGGGGAAAAUGAAAAGCAUCUAUGAUCCCAUGGGUGUAAAAAAUACAGAAUCUGCAGCAAACAAAAGUUCUUUGGAUCCGACACCAAAACAUGAGUGUCAUGUAUCAAAGAAUGCGAAUAGAAUUACUUCACUGUUGGCUUACAGGGCCUUUGAGCUUACUCAGUAUUAUUUUUAUGAAUAUGGCUUUGACGAACUAAGGCGAAGACCAAGGCAUGUGUGUCCAUAUGCUGUUGUAUCUUUUGCUUAUAAAGAUGAUGUGCCAGCUCCAAAGUUUUUAACUACAAGGUCUAACAGCUUUAAUGUAGAGAGAAGCACAGAUAAAACAGAUUACACCUUAUGGAGAGGAGAGCUUUUAAACAAAGGAAAGCUUCUGUGCUGUGCUUCUUUGACAUCAGCCACCCUUCCUUUCCUUCCCUUCAAACUUCCUGAGAAGUUAGAUGUCGAAACUGUUAUGAGCAUUGACCAACUGAAGCAGAAAAUUCCUCCAGCCCUUUUUUAUAAGGAAACAUACUUAGGUGCAAAGGAAGUAUUGAAGAAUGGAAUGUAUUGCAGCCUUUAUGAAGUUAUAGAAAAGACGAGAACUGGAAGUAACUUGGAGAGUUUAAUACAAAGACUAGAGCGAGAAAAACUAGUUCUUGUUAAGCCUUUAGGAGACCGAGGAUACCUUUUCCUUCUCUCUCCUUGGCAAAUGGCUUCACCAUAUGAGCAUCAGACUGCCAAGACUAGAAUCCUACAUGCCCUGUUUCUGUUUCAGGAGCCUAGAGGAGUAGUGAGUUCACAGAAAGCGUUACCUAAAGUAGUAACACAGGAACGUCAUGAGACCACCCUUGAGAGCAUACCAGGAAUCAUGAAAUUAAUUCCUUCCAUACAUUUUGCCUUAAUUCAGUGUCGUAAAGAUUUAAGUUUUAUCAAUACUACCACUUUCAAUACUGCUGUUGAAAAACAUAUAAGUGAAUAUUUUAAGCGGGGUUUUGGGUUAGGUAGACGUAGAGAAUUCGUCAUGUAUCCAUAUGACCCACGCUUAGAUGACAGAAAAUUCUUGUAUUCGGCUCCAAAAAACAAGACACACGUUGACAGUUCCUUGCACAACUAUAUCUUCCAGUCUGAAACAUAUCAAUUACCUGUUUGUAAAGUUAAGGAACUGAUGGAAGAAAAUAGGAAAGUUCAUCAGUUUAGUCCAGUUUCUGAUUAUGAUGGGCCAGAGGAAGAAGUGGACUUUUUGAAACUCAAACUUCGAAAGAGAAAUAGCUCUAAGAAUGACACUCUCACAAUUGGGAAGAAGUGGAAGCCAUCUAAUUCUUGGGACUACGAUCAGGACAGGCUGAAAGAACUGAUUAAUUUAAUUCAGUGCAGGAAAAAAAAUGUAGGUGGGGAGUCCGAUACAGAAGAGAGUAGAGACAAAAUUGGCUUGAAAAGGAAGCCCGGGAAUCAUCCAGGAAAUUUGAGAAAGCACCGAAAAACCAACGAUUCAUCUGAAAAUAGUCAUUUGUGUGAAGGUUCUCCACAUUCUGUUUUCUCACUUAUCACUGGAUUUGGUGGACAAGAUACUGACUUGAGACAGCAAGAUAGCUCUGACUCUGGAAUUACUGACACACGGGCCCUGAUUAAACUGCUUUUAGAAACUCUAACUAAUUCAAGAAAUUUGGAUCCAACUCUGGCUUAUUCUGUCAACCAAGCCUUAGGAUGCAGUGAUGAAACUAGGGAUGACCUGAGGCCAAAGCAUGAAUAUGAGUUAAUUUCUGCACAGAACAAGGAAGAAUAUGAGCAGCCAAGUUGUACAAAAGUAGAAAAUAUAAAUUGUAAAGAUUCCAAAAGCCCUAAUGUCUUGGAAGCUGAUGCCUCAUCUUUAAAGUAUCCCAUUGAUGUUGAUCUAAGAGUCUCCUCUAGUGAAGUUGGCUCUGAGCCCAAGCUCCAUUUGAAAGAAGACCCCAAAAGUAGCAGUGUGAGUAAUUUUGAUAAUUACAACCUGGGUACUACUACACCCAUUGAACAUUGCAACCGUAAACAACAUUCUAACUCAAAUAAUGCUGUCGAGGGUGGAAUGCAUUGGAAGCUAAUUCCAAUUACAGGAGGGAAUGCAAGAAGUCCAGAAGAUCAACUUGGGGAGCAUGAGGAUAACCAGACACCAGGUAUGAAAUCACCAGAAGAACAGCUGGUGUGUCUGCUGCCAGAGGACGCCUUCCCUAACGAUCCCCGGGUAAUAAGUAGACAGAGGAGCUCUGAUGACCAGUUUCCAUACUCUCCAUUUUCAGACGCGCUCAAGGGGACAGCAGAAGAUGGAACAUUAGCAGGUCAGGGGAUGAAAAUGGAAGAACAGUGUGUGCUAGCAACAGAGAAUCCUUUGGUAGCUACACAGGCAAUGAGUGGAACCACAGAAAGUACAAUGUUAGAAGAAUAUACUUUUUUUUCAAAGAAAAUAGAAGAGAUUUUGAAGCAGAAAAAUAUUUCAUAUGUCAGUAGAAUUUCCAUACCUUCCUUCUCAGCACAAGAAAAAAUGGCUCGACUUUCUGCAUCUGUAUGUUCUGAAGCCUCUGAAAUUAGUGUGCAGGAGUUUAUAAAUGGCCUGCAUGAAAAAUUGAAUAUCAUCAUUGCUAAAACAUUAUCCUGUGGCCGGCACACACCUACAGUCAGUCCUAGUACUGAAGACGGUUGUACAAAGACAAGGUUGAACCCUCUAAUAAGUCAGGUUUUACAAGUUUCAUCAAGCGACUUCAACACCGAACUGGGACCAGAAUCCCGUCAUCAUCCUGUGCAGAAAGAGACGGACUUCCAUGAGCAGCCCUCUUCCACCACCUUGGGUUUGGCUGAAGUAGAGCAGGGUCAGGGCCACCAGGCCCUAGAAUUCAUACGGACGCCUGAACAGACGGCUUCUAGUGAGGGCCUCCUGGAGCCCGUGGAAAAGGAAAACUCCAAAAUGCCCAGUGACCUAAACAUUUCUACUCAGCCAUCUUUGUCAAAUUUUAUAAGCCAGUUAGAGCCAGAAGUGUUUAAUAGCUUGGUAAAAAUCAUGAAAGACGUCCAGAAAAAUACUGUGAAAUUUUAUAUUCAUGAAGAAGAAGAAAGUAUGCUUUGCAAAGAAAUAAAGGAAUACCUAAUUAAAUUAGGCAACACAGAAUGUCAUCCCGAGCAGUUUUUGGAAAGAAGGUCAACAUUGGAUAAACUGCUGAUCAUCAUUCAAAACGAAGACAUUGCAAGUUUUAUUCACAAGGUACCUGGUUUAGUGACUUUGAAGAGGCUCUCCUGCGUUAGUUUUGCUGGAGUCGAUAGCUUAGAUGAUGUGAAAAAUCACACAUACAAUGAAUUGUUUGUUUCUGGAGGUUUUAUUGUGUCGGAUGAAUCUGUUUUAAAUCCAGAAGCUGUCACAGUUGAGAAGCUCAAACGUUUCUUGGCAUUUCUUGAAGACCUGAAUACUCCGGAUGGCAAAUGGCAAUGGAAAAUCCAUUGUAAAAUUCAGAAAAAGCUCAAAGAAGUAGGCAGAUUGAAUGCUAAAGCUCUAAAUGUGUUGACGCUUUUGAAUGUCUAUCAAAAAAAACAUUUGGUUGAAAUUCUGUCAUACCACGACUGUGAUUCUCAAACUCGAAAUGCUCCUGAAUUGGAUUGUCUUAUCAGACUUCAGGCUCAGAAUAUACAGCAACGACAUAUUGUCUUUUUAACAGAAAAGAAUGUCAAAAUGCUUUCCAGUUACACAGAUAAUGGAAUAGUGGUUGCAACAGCUGAAGAUUUCAUGCAAAACUUUAAAAGUCUUGUGGGCUAUCACAAUUCAAUAACAGAAGAAAAGCUUCUACAUCAUGGUGCUAAUGAAAGUCUUGAGAGACAAUCAGCUCUUUUAGAAAGUGAUGAAAAGGACGAAGAGGACAUGUCUCUGGAUUCAGGGGAUGAAACUUCACAAAUAGAAGUGUGCAGCAGUUCUCAUUCCGAAAUAUUGGAAAUAGAGACCAAAGGAUCACGUGCAACAGAUCAAAAAGAGAUUUGUCAAACUCACUUGCAGCCGUCUACUGACGGGCAGAGAAGUUUCUUAAAACAUAAGACUUGUGAGCAUGGUGCGGAAGAGGGGCAGCCUGCAGUUGUGGCUGCGCUGGCAGGCUCAGACGGAGAGACUGGCAAGGCCAUGGAACCAGCUCCCUUCGACGACGACUUUCAGGUUUAUCACAGUAGACAGCGGAGCAUGUCCCAUCAGUUCAGUCAUUUCAAUGUUCUCACUCAUCAGACUUUUUUGGGAACACCAUAUACGCUUUCAACUAGUCAGACUCAAGAAGGCGGAAACUACUUUCUGUCUGCUUAUAGUCAAGUCUUGGAAACGGAUAAGUCUUCAUCUCCAGUUAGUUGGGAUCUAAAUGAUUCUUCUAGGCCAUAUUCAAAACAGAAAUAAAUACAAUAACUUUUUUUUAUAGGUUGUUGUGGACUUUUUCCGCUUCUUAAAGUGAAUUAACAAUUUAUAUUUUAUUCUCUGAACAAAAUGUCCUUUCUCAAAUGUUUUCCUCUCUUAUUUAAAUCAUGAUGGCCUGUAACAGUUGAAGCAUCUGCAAAUUGAAAUAAAUAUAUAUAUAUAUUUUUAACACGUAUCGUACUUGAAUUAUCUUGUGUGUUGACACUUUUAAGUUUGUACAUUUGUAUUUGACCUGUACUUGGGCUUCUGACCGAAGUCUCCUAAUGUAAAGUUGAUGAGUUGUUGGCUUUCCUUUUUUUUUUUCCUAAUGUAAUGUCAAACUGUACAAACCACUUUUUUCUAAAUGAUUUAUCAGUUAUUGUAUUUAUUUGUUUCUAAUUUUUGUACAGCAUCUUUACAUAUAAAUGUUAAGUCCAGUGUAGUUAAUAUAUAUUAGGUGAAAUGCUAUAAUUAGAGAUCACCUAACAGUGCAGAUUUAUUUUAAAAUGUUUUGUCUCUUUAGGUUAUUCACUGUGAACAUCAUUUUUUGUUUAAAAGUCCUGAAAUCUUGGAACAAUUUAAGAGUCUUUGGUUUAUUUUUAGUUGUAUUAUGGAGUUGCUUUUCAGGACAGUUUUGUAUAAAGUGCUAUAGUUUUUCAGGAAGGUGAAUUUUCUUCGGUGUAGGUAUACAUAGUAAAAAUUCACCUUCUGUUGGCUCCCUUAGACUUUCCUAUUUUGAAAAAUAAAACUUGAAUUAAAAUUCAUUAUAAUUAGUUCUUUCAAAUGGAAACAUUUUGUUUUGUAUUAGUAGGGAAUCAACCCUGAACUUUAGGCAUAGCAACCUUCCAGUCGCUGCUUCUGCCACACAAAAGUAAAGAUUUUAAAGGUUUCUUAUAAUACUGGUUUCAUCCAGGUCAGAGAGGCAGGAAUCAGUCAUUAAACUUUCAACCAGAGGUUUUGUCAGUGUAUUUCCUCUUAUAAAAAAUUUCACCACUUCUGAAAAUUAAUCUUGCUGCACUUGGCUAGGUUGGUCCUCAGAUGACACAAUUAGACCAGGCCCUGUGCUCUUAGAUGCUCUUGGGCGUGGUCUUCAGGGAUCUAGAGCCAUCUAUGUAACAUAAGGUACCAGAGCAGGAUCUAUAAUACAUUAUUCUGCCCUGUUUUUUAAAAGAAGCACUAUUUCUGUGUUUUUUUCUUUGUUCAUUUUCUCCCCAUAGUCCAUAAUUGUGGCUAAAUUACAAGCCAGAAUUCUUUAAACUAAAUGAAAAUUUGUGAAUAUUUGUGAACAUACAUUUAAAUGGGAUCAUAAUUUAUUGGUGUUGUGAUCAUAUAGGUUCCCCUCCUACUAGACUUGGGGACAGAUGCCAUCACCUUUAUGUAACCAUUCAACUUAAAUAUGUAAAAUGCAUGGCUCACAUAGAACGUAUUGUGAAGUAUUUUGUAAUACCACCCAAACAAACUUCAGAACAUAUUAAGGUAAGUGUAAAUAGAAUCUAUCUUUUGUAAAAUUUGUUUAUAACUGGUUGAAUUGGAGCAUAAAAAUAACGAGGUCUAACUGCUGAAUUUUUUACAAAAACAUUUAUUUACCAUUUUAUUCUUUGAAAAAAAAUAUAUUUACAUUCUACAAAGUUUUUAAUAGAUCAUUUUUCAAUAAAGUAACCUGAACAAUUUCAAGUA